CUGAUUUGUUCUAGGAAGAACGCAGCUCCGCGAGCUUCCAACGUAACUCCAGCUCGUCGACCAGAAAAUCGUUACGAUAGGCUACCCGGUAGCAUCGCUGAGGCGAGGAAAAUGUUCGAUAAAGGACGACACGAGAUGAUGUGCCAAUCAGAAGUGGAAUGCACUUCAUGGAUCAGACUUUUCAGAGCCUUCGAUCUGGAUCACGAUGGCUUCAUCCCAACGACAGAUUUGAAGCGAGCUAUACGCGACUCCGCGUUCUCAUUUGGCUUGAAUCCCGAAGAGGUCGUCACAAUGCUAGCGACCAUUGAUGAGAAUGGUGACAAACUCAUUGAUUUCCCGGAAUUCUGCACUUUGAUGAGUCAAGCGAAGCACCGUCGUCUUCUGCGCCUGAUGUUCAGAGCUGCAAAGUUCGUCGUGCCCCGGUCGAAACGAACAGAGCCUUUUGACUAUCUGCAGAAGUACAAAUGCUGUCCUCCACCCGUUUUCAUGCUCAUCAUAAGUAUUAUACAGGUUGCUAUCUAUAUCUACUAUACAGUAGAAUCCGAUGAAGGUUUAAGUAUAACUGGUCCUGUGCCGACCAAAAUCUCCUCUGAUCUUCAAUCCAUAUCGCAAAAGCGAAGUGUGGCGAUAUAUAACCUACAUGUUUAUCCAUAUUGGGUCCGUGACUUCACUAAUGUCAUGAAUUGUGUGUAUUACAGAAUCUACCAUAUCACUUACAAUGUGCUCACUCAGUUACUCCUUGGCGUGCCUCUUGAACUCGUUCAUCAAUGGCGUGUAAUCGUCGUUUAUUUAGCUGGAGUUUUAUCUGUCAGCUCACUCCUGGUCUCAGCCGUUGAUCCCCACGUCUUUCUUGCGGGUGCCUCUGGAGGUGUCUAUGCCCUUCUUGCCGCUCAUCUUGCUGAGCUCAUCAUGAACUGGGUCAGAGGUGUCUCCGUCUAUCAACGGUAUUUCGUCGAUAAAGUCGAUAGGGUUUCAUACGUCUCUCACAUCGGAGGAUUCGUAGCCGGUGUCCUGCUGGGUGUAGUGGUUCUUCGAAAUUUCCGUCGUCAUCCGUGGGAAAGGAGGCUGUGGUGGGCCUCACUGGUCGCCUUCGCGUUCUUCAUCGCCAUAUGCGUUGUGCUCAUCAUUGCACGGAUAUUGUUGAACUUCUAA